AUGAGCCUACUGUUCCUGGUCCUGCUGUUGCUGCUGCCCUGCACCUCUGGACUGCCUUUCUACAAUGGCUUCUACUACUCCAACAGCCCUGAUGGGUGGGGCCUGGGUCAUGGCCAUGGUGAAGGCCUCUUCAAUGGAGUAAAGCUGGUGGUAGAGACACCCGAGGAGACCCUGUUUACCUACCGAGGGGCCAAUGUGACCCUGCCCUGUCACUACCAUUAUGAGCCAGCCCUGGCCUCCCCGAGACCCAUACGUAUCAAAUGGUGGAAGCUGUCAGAUAAUGGAGCUCCAGAGCAGGAUGUGCUGGUGGCCAUCGGGCCAAGACACCGCUCCUUCGGGGUCUACCAAGGCCGAGUGCACCUGCGUCAGGGCAGGGAGCGUGAAGUCUCACUGGAGAUCAGAGACCUGCGGCUGGAGGACUAUGGGCGCUACCGCUGCGAGGUCAUUGAUGGGCUAGAGGAUGAAAGUGGCCUGGUGGAGCUGGAGCUGCGAGGUGUGGUGUUUCCCUACCAGCCUCCUCAGGGGCGCUACCAACUCAACUUCCAUGAGGCCCAGCAGGCCUGUGAGGAGCAAGAUGCGGUCCUGGCCUCCUUUGAGCAGCUUUUCCGGGCCUGGGAGGAGGGCCUAGACUGGUGCAACGCAGGCUGGCUGCAGGACGGCUCAGUGCAAUAUCCCAUCACGCUGCCUCGGCAGCCCUGUGGUGGCCUGGGCUUGGCACCUGGUGUGCGCAGCUAUGGCCUGCAGCACCGCCGCCUGCACCGCUAUGACGCGUUCUGCUUCGCUGCUGCCCUAAAGGGGCAAGUGUACUACUUGGAGCACCCUGAGAAGCUGACACUGACAGAGGCAAAGGCAGCCUGCCAGGAGGAUGGUGCCCAGAUCGCCAAGGUGGGCCAGCUCUUCGCUGCCUGGAAGUUCUGGGGCCUGGACCGCUGUGACGCUGGCUGGCUGGCAGAUGGCAGCAUCCGCUACCCAGUGGCUCAGCCCCGUCUCAACUGCGGACCCCCUGAACCUGGUGUCCGAAGCUUUGGCUUCCCACACCCACAGAGCCACAAGUUUGGGGUCUACUGCUACCGUCAACGCUAG